AUGAAUCAUCCCUCUAAGCAAUCAGAGAUAAAGAGACUAAUCUCUGAUAAAAAGCUUGAUUUAGUCUCUAUUAUUGAGACCAAAGUGUUCCAGGCAAAUGUGGUAUCCAUCCACAGGUCUUUGUGUCCCUCUUGGUCACUCAUCCACAAUUAUCCUUACUCUCCCCUAGGGAGAAUUUGGGUGCUGUGGAACCCUAACCAAGUAAACUUCAAAGUCAUUGAUACUAGCAGGCAGGCAAUUCACUGCUCAAUCUUUAUCAUUGGGCAAAACAUCACAUUUUUUACCUCAUUCAUCUAUGCUGCUAACAUGGCAACUGAAAGGCAGCUUCUUUGGGAAAAUAUUAUUCAUUUUGCCGGAUUGUUCUCUCACUCCCCUUGGCUGAUUAUGGGUGACUUCAAUAUUAUCCCCAACACUGCUGAGACCUUUGGAGGUUCAAGAAGGAGAUGUCAAGCCAUGGAUGAAUUCAAAGACUGUCUACAGCAAGCUGAGUUGGAUGAUCUCAAAUUCAGUAGCAUUCUCUUUUCCUGGUCUAAUAAAAGUCAAGGUGCAGCCUGUAUAUCUGAUCGUAGUCCCAUACUUGUUACUAUGAAUUUCAAUAUCCCACACAGAAGCACAGCAAUGUUCCAAGUGGUUCAAAAACUAAAAAUGUUAAAACUAGUCCUCAGAGCUAAUUAUAAGAAGGAAUUCUCAGAGAUUGAUUCCAAGCUUCAUUAUGUUAAGCUGGAACUUGACUCAUGUCAGCUAGACCUGGAUAAAUCCCCAAAUGAUGUAUUACUAAGAGAAAUGGAAAGAUCACUUAUCUCAGAGUAUCUAAGGCUUAGGAAGAUUCAAGAAGAUAUGUUGAGGCAAAAAUCAAGGAUGAAUUGGCUAAAACUUGGAGAUUGCAACUCCUCAUUCUUCCACAAAUCUCUUUCUUCUAGAAACAAUAGGAAAAAGAUUGUAUCACUUACCUUGGACUCAGGGCAGAUAAUUGAUGAUAUGGACUCCAUCAAGCUUGAAGUUGUCUCACAUUUCCAAAAUUUGCUGGGUUGCUCACCUCCUACCAUUCAUCACCUAAGUGACCUCACACCUUUCUUCUCCAAGCAGGUUCCCCACCACCUCCUAACCUACCUUGAUGACAAUCCUACUCCUACUGAAAUUAGGAACUACAUCACUUCUGUCUCAGUUCUAAAAUCAGCAAUUGAUCACUUUUGUACAAUGUCUGGCCUUGCUAUUAACCUCAAUAAAAGUUCUAUAUUUUUCUCAGGGACUGAUCAAUACACAGAGAGCUGCAUCAUCUCCUUGCUUGGCAUUGGGGUUGGGACUCUCCCAAUCAGAUAUCUUGGGGUUCCACUCAUUUCAACAAAUCUAAAAACUUCUCAUUGUAGCCUGCUUAUAGAGAAAAUAACUCACAGGAUCACACACUGGACCUCUAGAUCACUUUCCUAUACAGGAAGGCUGCAGUUGAUCAAGGCUAUCCUAGUCUCUACUCAGCUCUAUUGGUCUGGCAUUUUCAUCCUCCCAAAGGCAGUAAUCAACAAACUUAAUAGUAUCUUCAGUGCAUUCCUUUAG